AUGAGCAGACUGGUGAAACAGAAGGAGUACGACUGGAAACACUCAAAUAUUGCAAAUAUUGGAAGCAACCAAGACAUACUGGUAAGUUCGUAUUUUUCAACAUCAAACAUCAUUAAAGGUACCGGUCAAGUGUUCUGCAUUUUGGUGAAUGUUUUGCAAGCAUGGUAGAAAAAAAGACAUUUUUUUAGGCGAGAAAGAAUGCUGCCUUAUGCGAGCCAGCCUGGAGCGAGACAAAGAAAAUGCAAGAGAAUGGACUGAAAAUUUGGAGGAUCGAAAAGUUUGAGGUAAAAAAGUUGUUUGAUUUAUUUUGAAACACCUGUCAAUUGCAAAGAGUUAUUAAAGCUUGAUAGGGGACCUGACCUCGAAUGCGAAAAGCCCUUUUAAAGGAUGGUUGUGUCGUUCUUUGUACAGGCAAAGAUAUAUUCAAAAUAAUCUGACUUUCUGCAACAAACAAAAAAUUUUAAACUUAUUUGAUUAGUAGACUGAUUAAUAUUCAUGAAUUAAAGAGACAUUUGUACGAUAAAAAGUUCUUCAUGGGUUGGCUUCCUAAGGCUUUUUUUUCUCUUGACGCAAGGAGAUACGACACACAAUACUUAAAAAUAAUUCAUGGCGAUAAAGUCCAAACUGUGACAAUGAAAGACAUGAAAUAAAAACUUCACAGAUUGGGGAAGCAUUUCCUCUGUUAAAGUUUAGGACACGUGUCAGCUCUUAGACUUAGGUAAUAUAGCACUAAACUCACACAUCUAACUGCAGGCAAACUUAAAACGUCACUUGUUCUUAAUAGUUCGUACACUCCGCAGUUCAUUAGUUCUUGGCCCGUUUUAACAAAAAAAUAGAGCUUUCACGUUUCUAGAUCACUAUCGCUCUUUAAAUCUUAAAAAAGAUUAUAAUAUAAACACAAUGUUUGAAUUUUGUGGUCUUGACGAAAAUAAAGGCUAACUCAGUGCGGAGUGUAGGCUAGGCUGGUAAUCAAGCCUAUCUGGGGUGUUAAAUCUCGUAACUCUGUCUGAAAACUCCUGAAUUUAAUUGAGAUGUUUGCGUUGUGACUAGCAUUUCCCCGAAUCUGUUGCCGUUAGAUUUUUUAUUGCUUUUUUACCAGGUGAAAGAAUGGCCGGAGGAAAAAUACGGAACAUUCUUCAGUGGUGACUCAUACAUCAUUCUUCACACGGAGAAAGCAUCUCCAGAUUCAGAUGUUUGUAUUUGUUUUCAGUUCACUUUUUUAGAGUUAUUAGUCUCUCUGUAUAAGCUCAUAGGUAAGAUAAUUAUUGCGGCCAAAAUGGAUACUAAUGAUACAAACACCAGCCCGUGAUUUGUCUUGGAAGUCAGUGUGGCUAAAUUUGAAUUCAAUAUGAAACUCAACGGUCCCGUAUUCGAUUGUUACUCAUUGCUCGCAUUUAGAAAAGUCCAGUAGUGAUUGACAGAUUGACUGGUUUUGACUGUUUUUGUUUUGUUUUGUUUUUUUUUUUUUGCUAUUUACACUCAUAAAGUAAAUGUAAGCAGCUGCAGAAUGCAAGCACCGUGAUAGUAUCACCAGAGACUCUACUGACCCCCCUGUCUAGGCCGGAAGUUUUUUUGAAGGUUUUUGUAAGCAGCCCUUCCGCCCCUGAAACAGACAAGAGAUAUUAGACGGAAAGCACGUGACAAGGAAAUAAAUCCAGUUUAUGGCAAUCCUUAUUUCGACCAGAUAUGAUAGGCGAGCGCCAUAUUGGACAACGUAACGAACCUUUUAGAAAAUGACUCCAUGUAUCACAUUUAUUUCGUAUCAUGGUAAAACCACUUUGCGCUAAGUGUUACGGGUAUAAUGGUUUUGUUUAAUCUUAAUUUCCGGCAUCUGAAACCUUUUCACGUUUCUGCAAGAACGGAAAAUCCGGCAAUGCUUACUGAACACAUUAAGAAAUCAAGCCAUGCCAAUAAUAUUAAAUAUUAAUUAACAUUCAGUAAUUCACAAUGCAUUUAUCUUUAAGGUGAUAUUUUAUGAUGUCCAUUUCUGGAUUGGAAAACAUUCCACACAAGAUGAAUACACAACUGCCGCGUACAAAACUGUUGAACUUGACGCCUAUGUAAGGAAAGACUGGAAUGCAUACGUAGCUUUAAAAUGCGUCUUUGUAUUCCGCUAUAAAAAAAAUGGUUCGAAUGAAACGACAAAGAAAAAUCCUGUCUUCUAAUUCAGUUGGAAGCAACUAAAUGGAAAAUUGAUCGCGACUUUUGAAACAAGUGAUUUCCCGCCCCUCCUUUCAGUUUUCCAGGCGGACCGCCACCCAGUUAGCUUAGUUUGAUGUGCGCCGGUCUGUCGAGCAGGAGGCCGCUGGUUUAAAACCCGGCCGGACCGAGACUCAAGGUCUUUAAAUAACUGAGGAGAAAGUGCUGCUUUUGAAAAAACAUCUGAAAAGUUAACCUUUCUAGUCUUCUAGCCCUUCUAGCCCCGUCUUCUAUCCCUUGCACAUAUAACAAAUUCCAUGGGGCGCUAAAGAACCCACUCACUGUUCGCAGAGAGUAGAGGAUGUGCUAGUCCACAAUGUGGACUUUAUCGAUUUAACGUUCACAUUAGGAGGCAUUUAUAAGUCAUUACUUCAUUGACAGUAAACUGCAGCAGGCACUGAACACCCAACCGUUUCAGCAAAUUAUCCCAGAAAAGCCCUGAGGCAGGUGGAUGGUAAGAUAUUUACAAAACUAGGGAGCAUUGGUUACACAUUCUUCCCGCGUUUGGCGAUUACCCACUUUAUGAUUUUUACCCCGUCUGAGGGCAUGGGAGAGCCAUAAUGGCUCUUGGUGAUAGGGAAUAGCAGUAUGAAUGUUAAUCUUGAGCUUAUUGUUCUAAGUAACGCAUUAGCAUGGUCGGCAUUUUAACUUCCUCCUAAAUAAAUAAAAUAAAUAAAUAAAUAACGAUUUGCAGGUAGCACAUCCACAUAGUGGUUCUUCGUCUACCUGAUUCCUGGUCGAAUUGGAAUUUGGAAAUAUUGGUUUUUGAGGAGAGGGAAAAACCGGAGUACCCGGAGGAAAAAUCUCUCGGAGCAAGGGAGAGAACCAACAACAAACUUAACCCACAUAUGGCGUCGACGCCGGGAUUUGAACCCGCGCCAGAUCGGUGGGAGGCGAGUGCUCUCACCACUGCGCCAUUCUUGCUCCCCAAAGUGUACCUCGUGGCCUAACUAUUGUUUUGAUACCUUGACUGAUGAAAUGAAGACCUUCUCUGUUCAAUAUUCAUGAAAUGUUUCCCUUCCAUCUCUACAGUUGGACGAUAAAGCGGUCCAGCACCGUGAAGUUGAAGCCUUCGAGUCUGAGGCAUUCAAGGAAUACUUUGUCGCUUUGGGAGGAAUCAAAAUAGAAGAAGGCGGGUGAGUUAAAUCAAGAAGAAAUGAACAUUAAACUUGCAUGAGAAUAAAAUCGUUUUUAAUACGAAAAAUUUAUUGUGAGAUGCGUCCCAUGUAAGGUACUCCAAGACAGUCUUGGAUUCUGGAUUCUUUGUAAGUGAAACUGUGGAACUUGGAUUCCGGAUUCCAAUCGUUAGCGCGAUUCCAGACUGCAGAUUGCUGAAUUCCGGAUUCCAAAGCCCAGGAUUCCACAUCCUACAAGCAAAAUUUUCCUUACAUGGGACAGGUGAGAGCGCGCGCACCACAUCUGGCCAUUUUUUACAACAAAAAGAACCUUGAAGUUUGUGAAUCCGAGUCCCUCCCAAGAUUAGAUCCAAGGCCAUGGUAAGGUCACCAUCAUUCACAGCCCUUAAGCUAAAAAAACUUUCAAGUGCCAGGGCGCCAAGAAUGUCAAUCAGAUUUCGAACUCUUGCCCACGGUUUUAAUAGCAUUCUGACUCAUUGAACCAUUUCAUACAUGUACUACAGACGUGAGAGACGAAAGCACACUAGCGCGUGAAAAUGUAUUUUCCACUGGACCUUCUGAUUGGUUCCUCUAGAUCAUAAAUUCGUCCGCGUAGAAUGCGUUCUUUCUCUCUCUCGCAUUCCUCUUUCACUAUCUCACUUGGUUGGAAUGCCUGAGCAUCCAACUAUCAAAUAGUGUUGUUUGUUUUGUAGGUGUUUUAUUUAAGAGCAAAAUAAUUGACGUUCGUUUGAGCGAAACGAAUUAGAACGUAAUCCUCUUGUAGUCUGAAUUAAACUUAUGAAAAUAAUGACGGAUAAAAACGCUUUUAUCCUUAUUGGAUGGUAUAUCCUAACUAAAACCAACAAACAACAAAAACGGCCCAUCAUAUGACCACCAUACCUGGAGUAAGUAUAAUUUCGCAUCCAGAUUUCACACCAACAAUCAGAUACAGUUUUGAUACUCUCACUGCGGCAAUAUCAUCCUUCUGUAGACAAAGGGGAUAAAAUGGGAUUAGGGAACACAAUUCCGUGUAAAACAUUACAAUAACUGACUAGUAUUCCAUACACUCAUUAGCUAUAAUUAGUGGUAACACUGUGGAAGCUUUGCUCUGACUUGUCAGCCUUAACCUGUUUAGCAGGUGUCGGUUUUUAAGGGCGAGAGAAAGAAAUUACAAGGAAGCGCGCACGCACGAGGGAAGAAAAGGAAAAAAGGCGUGUUCACUCUUGCGUUCCAUAAAAAAAAUAAUAACCAGAAACACUGACAGGCGCCUACCACCAUAGUUAAUAAAGUGGAAUGGUUAUGAAACCGGACAGACUUCUUUGUUAGAUGUUUUUUGGACCUGACUGUGUACAACGUUCAAUAGCCUAUCAUUUUGAGUUUACUGACCAAUAGAAACAUCGCAUUAAUUUAUUCAUUCACAAUUUGUGAACUAAAAACAAAGGAUUGUGCACGGUCAGGGAGCUUUCAACAUAAACUGCAACACCGUUAAUUUCAUCUUUGAUGUUUGCCGGCUUUCCUAACCAGUCUCCUCUACCAACUAUGCUGCCGCACAGACUGCCUUUGUAAAGUUGGGUCUAAGAUAUUAGACAACUGCAGCAAACCUGCUCCCAUGGAUUUGAAUCGUAUUAAUUAGAAAUAUUGCGGAAUUCAGUAGCGUCGAAAACAACUGUUGUAUAUUGUGUGUUUCUCUCUCUAAACAGCAGUUCUAAAGUGGGCAACAGUGACACAAUACUGAUGCCCCCAUUUGGAUGAAUAAAACAAUGCAAUCGGGAAAGUUUAGUCAAUCGCUUGACAAUACCUUGACAAAUGGUGUUUUUAUAAUUUGGACAGAAUUGAAUCCGGAUUUCGACACGUAGACUCUAACAAGCAAGAUACUUUGAUAGUUCAUUUCAAAAAGUUGUGGAACGAGGAGUAUGAGAGGUACACUUAUGAAGCCAUGUCGCCCCUGGACCCUAGACAUCUGUGUUGUGACGAUGGAUUUUUGGUGAUUUUUUCUGGCGAAGAUCGCAUUAUCCAGGUAACCUUCUACUGA